GUCACAAAACCCAUAAUAUUAAAGCUGGGAUGCCUGCGCGCUCACGAUUACUCAUCGGCCGCUCGAGUUCGUGUCUGUGCAGGAGUGUUCAUGGCUGCUCGGGCGGGAGCUCUUCUGUGUUGUGGAAAUCCCACGCCGUCACCCACCGAACUGAAACAUUUAUAUUACAGGAACAAACGUUAAAUAUUUCUCCUUUAGUGUUGUAGAUGUGUGUUUUUACUAAUUUAUGACAAUAGCAGCGGCUUCUUGGAAAAUAAAUAUGGCUAAUAGGGCGAGUUAAAUAGCAGAAGUAGCCGAUAGCUAGCUUGCUAACAUUAGCUAGCUAACUAGCCCCACUAACUAGCCUCAAGCGAAAAUGGAACGCGUCACGGAUUGAUAUUGUAGGCAUAAACGACGUUUACAUAGCAUAAUGACACUGAGAAUUAUUAACAACUAGCUAGCUAAUCCGAGAAUCAUAACCGGAAAAAUACGACUUGGGGAAUUAAUUACGCACCACAGAAGCCACCGACUGUUCGACCCAUUGUCUUACUUCUCUGAUUGUUAACAGCCCAAAUGCAAUUCCAGUUUGUAUUUCUAUGCGCAGCAAUAUAUUUAAAUGCUGUAUUUAUAACGUUCAUUACAUAUUUAUAUGAUUAGUAGCUCGCAUUAUAUCUUCAGUUGGGCUGGUCUUCUGUGGACAGACCGCCGUUGUCCUUGAGCGAAGUGUUAGCAUGCGCGUGAUGUGCCCGACGCGCGUGACUUCAAGCACCAUCAGUGACCUGAAACCCUUAUGGAGUAGGCUAGCUAGGACACUGGCACAUGAAAAAUAAUGAGGAGACUCUGCAACAUGUCAGAAACUGUGAAGUAUAUUGAUGAUGAACAUAAAACCAUCUUUCUGAAGAUACUUAAUGAACAGCGGCUGGAAGGUGAACAUUGUGAUAUCGCAGUGGUUGUUGAAGAUGUGAAAUUCAGGGCACACCGCUGCGUCUUGGCCGCCUGCAGCAAUUACUUUAAGAAGCUUUUUAAGAAGCACGAGGUGGACAACUCCUCCGUGAUCGAGAUCGACUUUAUUCGCUCAGAUAUCUUUGAGGAGGUGCUAAACUACAUGUACACAGCCAAGAUUUCUGUGAAGAAAAAAGACGUCAAUUUGAUGAUGUCCUCAGGUCAGAUUUUGGGAAUCAGGUUUUUGGACAAACUGUGCUCUCAGAAACGUGACUUAUCUCCUCCCGAGGAGAAGAGUGACCACCUGAACACCAAGUACGCCUACGACAUUGUUAAAAUCACCAUCCCCACUGAGGAGUCGCAGGAGAACCAGGACCACGAGGUGCAGGUGCUGGGAGACCAGGACGACACUCCGUCUGAUGACAUGGUGGAGGAGUCUCACGUGAACCAGGACCUGGACAAAUCUCCCAGCAGCACCCUCCGGGUGCAGGAAGCUAUCCUCAAGGAGCUGGCCACUGAGGAAGUGCACAAAGUCAGCUGCUAUGACCAGGACGUGGAGGCAAUGGAGUCAGUGCAGAAGGACCUCGGUGGCCACGCCCCGCAGGGUCUUACUUUCGCCGACAGCAUCGGGGAGGUGAAGGACGAGCAGCCGCCCGGGUGGACCACAGCCGCCAGCGACAUGAAGUUUGAGUAUCUGCUGUAUGGGCACCGGGAGCACCUGGCCUGCCAGGUCUGCGGCAAGACCUUCAUGGACGAGAACCGGCUGAGGAAGCACGAGAAACUUCACUCGGCCGAGCGGCCGUUCAUCUGCGAGAUCUGCACCAAGGCCUUCACCACCCAGGCCCACCUGAAGGAGCACCUGAAGAUCCACACCGGCUUCAAGCCCUACCGCUGCGACGUGUGCGGGAAGUCCUUCAUCCGCGCACCCGACCUGAAGAAGCACGAGCGCGUCCACAGCAACGAGCGGCCCUUUGGGUGCCAGAUGUGCGACAAGGCCUUCAAGCACAAGUCCCACCUGAAGGACCACGAGAGGCGGCACAGGGGGGAGAAGCCCUUCGUCUGCGGCUCGUGCACGAAGGCCUUCGCCAAGGCCUCGGACCUGAAGAGACAUGAGAACAACAUGCACAGCGAGCGCAAGCAAUUGCCCGCCAGCGCCCUCCAGAGCGAGACGGAGCAACUGCAGGCUGCAGCCAUGGCGGCUGAGGCGGAACACCACCUGGAAUCUAUCGCGUGUCAAUAAGGCUCCCACCCAGGCAGGGAGCGUCACUCGUACUCCUUAUUUCUCGCAGGAAGCCCUCUCUGUUCUACAAAUGAGUUCUUUAAAUGUUUGAUUUAUACUCCUAAUAAUAUUGUGGGGAGGCUGGGUGUUUAAUCCUAAUUCUAAUGAUCAAAAUGUAUAUUGUUUGUAUUUUGGACUUAUUUCUUAUUGAUUUGCUUUGGGUUUAAUUUCAGUGUUUAGUGAUAUGAAAUUCUUUAUUGACAGUGUAACCAGUUAAAAGACGGGGCAGAAUAUCCUUGAAGUACAAUAGAUCAUACCAAAGCUGUGUGGUAUAUUUCUAACAGUCUCUCUGGUUGGGCUGUUUUGCCUUAAAUUGGUUUACAAAAUGUGUGCUGUUAUACAGUGCCAUUUUCUAUCAUCUUGGAAUCUGUAAAUAAUUUGUAGCAUUAAUUAAAUCAAAUUUGCUUAAUGUAUAGAUUGAUAAUGACUGCAUCUUCAGUGUUUUCUGUGAGCCCAAAAUGUAUUUUAUGUGCUAGCUAAGGUGAGCAAUGGGAAUGAACAGUCAGAAAUGUGAAACGAUAUUACUAUAAAUUUGUUUGCUGUUAAUAAACACAUUAACUGCGGUCAGCUGGUUUAAUCUAUUAUUUUUAAUUGAAUAGUUCAGUGGAAGAGCGGUUUUGUUGAGAUAUUCACGGUGUUUGUACUUGAUAAUCUACAGUAACUAUACAGAUUAAAGCCUUUCAUGUUACGCCACUGGACAUCUCCCAUGUGCUAGCAGCUUACAGUCAUUUUACGUGUAACAGGUUUUUAACAUCGAUAAUUCAGGGACCGCCCACCCACUCAGGCUCAGAAGCAUCCUAGGGACCUCAUCAUAAUUUUUUUAUUUAUUUAUACAUUUUUAUAUUUUGAAAUCAGUUUUACCAGGAACCCGGGUUCCAACCAUGGACCUCCUGUUGAAAACCCAGGACAUUCAAUGUUGUACAUAUGAAAACUGUCCCUACAGUAAUGUACAUAUGAAAUAUAUACAGUUGGAGAUCAGUGAACUCUUUUUAGAAAAACGGCACCAUUUGUCCUCCUGUGAGAAAAUAGUCACCAGGACAAGCAAUAUUCCCACAUAUGGCUUCAGCUAGCUCACUGCCUGAUACAAGGCACAUUUCCCCAGUACUGGUCCUGGAGAGCCACAGGGUCUGAUGGAUUUUGCUCUGGUUAAUUGAUCCAUUAGUGGUUGAUUAUGUGUCUCACCUUUCCUUAGUUUUGGGUUUCUUUUCUUUUGCUGGUUUUCAGGUCAAAAUAAAAUGAUUUAAAAAAUGUUUUUAAAAAAACCUUCAAAGACCAGGUUGUUAAAAUAUCCACUUUCCUUCAGUUCCAGGUUUUUAAAUAAAUUCUCUAUUAAUCCCAAACUGCAGUUAUGCAUGCAUGUCAAAAGUAUAAAGCUAUUGACAAUCUUGGCUGUUUGUUAAGUAUCUUGCUCAAAGUCAUACUGUGCCUCACUUUGUAAGAAAUGUGAUUUAUUGCCCACAUCUCACAUUCUGCUCCUUUUAGAAGGAUGUUUUCUGACCCCGAGCCCUUAGCUAUAUCUGAAUGCACUUUUGCAGAGUAGAUCUAAAAUCUACACUGGCUCUCAUUUAGUUUUGUGUUUUUAGAAGUUUUAUGUCCUUUGAAUCUUGAUUAUCUCUCUCUGUGAGCCAUCCAUUGAUAAAUGGCUCAAAGGGCUUGGUUUAAACUAGCGCCCUCCUCUGGUGAAUAACCAGUGCAUACGCACCUCCAUUUUAUGCUGUUUUGUUCACAAGCCGGUAGUUUCUCUUUUAACCAGAAAAAUGCAUAAAUAUUAAAAUACAGAAAUUAUACCA